CGUCUAUGGGGGAGGGGCCUUUGGCAAUCAGAUGUGGCUGGUCUUAGCCGAGUGAGCGUUUGAGAUACUGUGAGACAUCUACUCAACCGCACACGAGGCUGCUAAGUAUCCAGAUGUCGCCCUGUGUGAAGGACCGGGAGACCAUGUUGGGGCAGUGUCUUCAAGCACGCGCUCAGCUGGAAGCUGCUAUCACUGAGAUAUGCAAAGUAGAGCAACAGCUUUGUGAAAAUGCCAGAGAGGUAAAGUCUCAGCUGCACAGCUGUAUCAGCAGGCAUUUGGAGUUUCUUCGCUCCCGGGAAGUUUGGCUGCUUGAACAAAUUGAGAUUGUCCAGCGCCUUAAAGAAGAAGCUUUGCAACAACAAUUGCAGCAACUGCAUUUGCUCCUUGGACAGUUCAACGCUGUAAUCCUGCAAGUGGAGAACUACAGCAGCAGCAACACUCUGUCCAAUCAGACAACCAGCUGUCUGGAAAAAUUGGCAAGUCUGAGCUUGAACCCUGAAGAAACCCCCGAGAUGAGUUUCCAGGCUGAUGUUCAUUCUCUGCGCAAAGCCAUCACUUCAUUUGGGACCAUUGCCUCACAGCAUCUUGAGUCGAUCUCUGGUAACGUAAAACCACUUCUGGAGUCUGGCCCCUCUCACACUGACUGGCUGUUAAAUAGCUGUCCUGUAGCUACGCAACAUUACAAACCUAAAGAGAUGAUAACUGAGCCUAUUUCUGGAGCACCGCUUUCUCAAUGGCUGUUGGGUAGCCACUCCAGUAGUAAUACCUCUGGUGGAUUCAGUGGUAGCACUGAUCUAAAGGACUGGCUCCUCAAACCUGCAGAUGAUGUAAAAGUAGCAAAGGACUCUUGCCCUAUGAUUUCAUUUGACUUUGAGGCAGCCUGGGGUCAGUUACAUGAUCUAGAGUGCUGGCUUCUGCAGGAAAGAGUGCCUUCUAGGAAUCGGGCUCAAAGUGACCUCAGCACCACCACCUGCUCGCUUUCAAUUGAGAAGAUUGAAGACUCCGAUCUGAACUUCACAGAGGAUGAAACUGAAGCAUCUGAAAACAGUAUGGAUCUUGGCGAGUGGCUUGUUGCACCAUAUCCAGAAGCAGGUGAACCCCAAGAUACAUACACUGAUGCCGAGCAAUGGAAAUCUGCCUUAAAACCAUUUGAAGAAAAAUAUUCGUCAAGUGACUGGCUUCUAAAGCCUGAAGGUGGAUGCGGCUCUUGCUGUGGCACCUUGACCCAAGCAGUUGAGAUUGAAAACCUUGGUAAUCUGAAGUGCCUGAAGCAAACCCCAUCAUUAUCGAGUUCUAGUCACUGGCUGAUGCAGCAAGCCCCCCCAAUCAAAGUUGAGCAAGUCUGUAGAGCCAAUGAGGUCUGCAAUAGCUUUUCUGACUGCGUAUGUGAGGAGAGCUGCAGUCGUGAGGCUUUGCGUUCCUGGUUGCUUAAACAAGAAGGCCGAGACAAAAAUGGUCUUCCCAUAAACAAAAAUUUGCCAAACUCCAUUGAAAAAGAGCAUGAUAAGAUGAUUUCCAGCUUGGACAGCUGGCUGCAUCCCAGUAGAAGAGUGAAUGCCCUAUCCAAGGAAUUGGAAGAAAAAGCCAGCAGAGAAGAACAGAGUACAGAGUCCAAGGACCCAUUUCUCGCCACCCUGCAAACUGAAUGUUGGGUACUUCCAUCUUCACAGUCCACUGCAUCUCCUGAGUGUAAAGACCAGAACCAGGAUAACUUCAAUGAGAAUGAUAAGUGGCUGUUACGUAAGAGAGCACAUCAGGAGCAGUUUGUUUUCCCAUCAUCUGUCUGUGACCUUUUUUCUUGUAUGAAGCUGACUUUAGAACAAGAGAAGUGGCUCUACAAGAACCCUCUACAGCUUUGAUUUCCAGCAAGAAUGAGAUUGAACAUUAGGAGAAAUCAUGCAACAGCUGACCCAUUCAUUACUGCACAUCCAAAUGUCAUGCCUUCCUGCUCCUUGCUUAACACAUUCAGAGGAUGUGGAACAAUACUUCUCCUUAAACCCAAGCUGGGAACAUAAUUCGGAAGUUACCCAAAAUACUAACCUGGACCCUAUUCACAAGGCGGCUUCUUUCUAUAAAUCUUACAUUAGCUCGGUUUCUGUGUAGCAUUGUUCUAUUGUUUAUGCCUUCUAAAGAACUCGACUCAUGACAUUUUAUGUUUUGUGUGACUAAAGCACAUUUUAUGGAGUAGUCCGUUCUUUAGAGGGCUCUUGUUUGCUGUCAUAAGAUGAAUGAUUCUGUCCCUUUGGGGUGUAUUGGGUCAUAAUAUUGAAUCUAUCUGAAGAAAUGUUAGCUUUGUACAAGUGAUUGGAGACAUAAUUACUGUAUGGGUUAUUUUAAAAUCUUGGUUGAUAAAGUACCAAGUUUCAUUAAUUGUUUUAAUAUACCUCUAUGUUCCACUGCUUUUAUGUUUACUUUCUCCCUCAACAUUUGUUUUAAUUCCUAGUCACAACUGACAUUUCAAAGGUUCCUUUUCUGUCUAACCAAGUUGAUCAUCUAUUUGCUUUUUUUCUCCCCAGGACAAUGUAAACUGGCUGCUGUGUGACUUUGCAUAGGGCAGUAAAGAGAGUGGUGUGGCCUCUGUCUUCUCAGAGCUUGCUACAUUUUACCUUUGUGCUUGGCAUUUGUGAACUGUAGGUUCUAGUUUGGAUACGUUUUCUUGAGUAGGUGGUGUUUCAGUGGAGCUGCUGCCUCAUACUUCUAACUGCACAGCGUACCACUCUAUGUAUGACUUGUCCUGCAUCUGCCACUUUAAAACUUGCAUAUUGGAUACAGCAGGUGAAGCUUUUAAAUUCUAAUAAAGUGCUUUUAUUAUAUUAGAUAGGAAAAUGAUUUAUACUAUUAACUAAUGUUAAUUAAUUGGUAAUUAUCCAACCAUUAAUAAAAAAGGAAUAAAUUGUG